AUGGAGUUCUAAAUAAAAAAGUUAACUACUGUAGUAAAUUAGAUAUCUACAAAAUUGGAGUAAUUUAAGAAUAUCUAGAAUUUUGAUUACAAACAAUUUUCAGAUGUAAUAAAAGGAUAUUAAAUAUAUUAUAGCUUUCAUUAGAGCUGAAUUAAAUAAAUGCUGAAACUUCAUUGUUGAUUCAAUAAGCAAUAAAUAUUGAUGUUAGUUAAUUGAUAGAAAAAACAUUUAAUUGUAUACAAAACCUACUGAUGUAAUAUUUGACAAGCAAAGAAUAAUUGAAUUAACAAAAAAAGAAUAAUUAGAAUUCACCAAUUUAAUUGAUAGAUCAUUGCACAUAAUGUAUGAAUUUAUAAUAGAAUUGUUUGGGUGGUGUAUCAAUUUCUUAAUAAGGGAAUCCAAAUAUAAAAAUAAAAAAUGCUUCAUAAGUUCCUUGGUAUGAAGCAUAAUAACAAAAUUAAUCAUAAUAAAAAAGAUUUAUUGAAAAGUACACAUGCACAACAGAAGAUUAUUAUUAAAAUUGCACAAACAUAUUAUCUGGAUCAUAUGAUCGAUAAAUGGAAUUUGAAAGCAUGAUUUAAUUUGCAAAUGAAUCUAUAGCAAUAAUGGGUGAAGCUUUAUCAAAUCGAGUAUUACAAUAAUUUAAAGAAAAAGGUAAACCUGAAGAAUUAAAUAAACUAAUACAUGCUAUUAAAUUUAAAAAGGAAGACAUAGAUUAAAUAUUAAAGAGUGUGGAUUUGAGUUUAUUGAAGGAUAAUAUAGAUAAUUAUGAAAAGGUAGAAGAAUAAUUAAGACAACAUAUAAUUUAAGUUUAGAAGUAAACAGCUGAAAGGGUUUUUAUAUAUUGUAAGACAUUAUUUAAAGAAAAAUUUAAAAUGGGAAAAUUUUAGACAAAAGAUCAUUUCAUAAGAUAAACUACUCUUGUAAAGUAAGAUGAUUGUCGUUGUUAGAUUUACGUUGGAGAGAUUGUUUCAUUAUAAAAUAAAACAGAACAGUAAAUUUCAUUAUUAAAUAAAUAAACAUCUGAUUUGAAAGAUAAAGAUAGAAUUAUUUAGGGUUUAGAAUUAUAAAUCAAACUUUUUGAGAAUUAAAUCAAAUAGCAUUUAUAAGAUAAAUAAGAAUUAAAAUAAAAGAUUGAAUAAUAAUCUAAUUUAUAGAGAAGAAGUACUGUUUUUUAAAGAUAAUCAAGUUUUAUGGUUAAUUAUUCAUAAAAUGAAGAUCCUUAAGAUAUGUAAAUAUCAAAUCCUAAUUUAAAAAUAAUAAAAGAGGAAAGAUAAUCUUAGACAAGGAUAUUGAAGGCUCCUUCAUUAUAACCUUUUGUUUUAUAAAAUUAGAUUCAAUCAGAAAAUCUUAAUACUGAAUAAAUGAAUGAUUUAAUUAAAAAAGAUAAAAUGUUAGAAAGAUUAAUUGUAUUAACAAAUGCUUUAGAUAAAACUAAUAAGGAUAGAAGAUUAUCAUAAUUAUAAUAUGUAGUAGAAUAAAAAGGAGAUAGAUAACUUUUAGAUAUGUUAGAUUUAAUUAAAGAUAUUGAAGAUAAUGAUUUAUUAAUUAAAGAAACUAGAUCAUUUGGUAAUAUAUAAUCAGAUAAUGAUGAGUUAAGAUCACCUAUGAAUAUUUCUAAACAUUUUCAUUCUUAAUAAUUGAUAGAUUAAGUUGAUUAAAUUUAAAAAUAAAAAUUUUUAUCCACAAAAGAUUUAAAUUCUCCAAAAGUCUUAUACUUAGAAUAAAUUAAAGAAAUUGAUGAAAAUAAACAUAUUUUACUUGUUCCAAUUGAAUAAUCAGCUACUCAAGGAAAAUUGUCUAAAAAUACUAGUUAAAGUAGUUGUAAUGAUAGUAAUCAAGGAAUAGAAGAAAUUUCACCUUAAAAUAAAAAAUAAUAAAGAUUUAGAAGAACUUCUUCAAAUGUCUAAUAAAUAAUAGAAACUAAAAAUAAUAAAUUAUCUAAAAGAACUAAUUCAAUUAAAUUAAAAUCAAAAAGAAAAGUUUCAAAUUAAAAUAAUUCAAAUGAGGCAGUCUCAAAUGUUUUAUUAACAUCUAAUUAACCUAUAUUGAAUUCUGGUACAUUAACGGAUAGAUUACCAGUUAGAUCAAUAUCUUAAUAAUAAUAAGAAUAAUAUAAGUAUGAUAAAAUGAAUGAAAAUGAAUUGAUUUCUAACAAAAUUGCUAUGCAUAAUACUAGUCUUCAUGAUAAACCUUUUAUUAAUCUUUUUUAAUAAAAUCAUGGUGUCUAAUAUUAUACACCAAAUAAUUCAUCUAGGUUAAUUAAAAUUAAGAACCAAAAUUAAGAUAAAAUAGAAAAUACUAAUAAUAAUAAUAAUAUAAUUAAUAAAUAAAUAAAUAAUCAUAAACCAAAUUUAGAAAUUAAUAAUCAUAUACAAUUAAAAUAAGAGUAAUAAAUUAUUAUUUCACUUUAAUAAUCAACCAAAUUUCAAUAGUAAUUAAGUUAAUAACAAUUUUUGCUACAUGAUGAUCAAGAAAGAACAAUGAAAAAGCAAUUACAAACAGAUAAAAAUUAGUAUUAGUAAUUUUAAUAUGUUCAAGAAAAUUAAAUAAAACCUGAUAACGUAAUCUCUUCAAUUAAUAUCAUUUCAGAAGUUAAAAAAUAAUAGAACUAAUAAAAUUAAAGAUCUAAACUUAAAAAUUUAGAAACUGAUAAAAGUGAUAAAAAUUCUAUUUCCCCCAAAAAAUUGAAUCCUUAAAAUAACAAUAGUAAACCUACUGAUAAUUUAUAAAAAUGGACUGGGGUUGAAUCAGCAAAAUUCAUUACUCACAUUGAUUCAAGCAUUAAAACUGAAAAUUUUAAUUAUAGACCACAGACUACAGUAGAUAAUAUUUAAUUAAGAGAUAAUAUUAACAAAUAAAAAGAGGAAUAUGAAAAAAAAUAAAAAGAAGAAAGAAUAAUGUUUGAUUAAGGGCUAUUUGAUUUACCAGAAUAAUAAGAAGAACUUCUCAUAAGAAAUGCUACCAAUAAUAUUUAAGGUAGUUUAAUAUCUGAAGAAUUAAAUGAUAAUAUUAUGAGGCAUAUGUAUAAAAAUUUGAAUCAAAAUUAAACUUAAAUAACAUAGACAAUAAACAAAUUUUAUUAAAGGUCUGAAGAAUAAAAUUUAGAUUAUGCUGAAUUUUAAAAUUUUAUAAACAAAUUCUAAAAUUUACAUAAACGAUGCGGUAAAGAUUGUAUCCAUGUCACAAGGUAAUUAUUUAAAUAUAUUGUAGAUUUUACAUGAGACUAGGGUUUAUACCUUUGAGAUAUUUAAACAAGCGAAAAGCGAUUAAAUUAGCCAAACCAGUAGUGCUUCCAGGAUUUUAGAAAUUAUCUUGA